UGUGUUGUGUUGGUGUGUCUCUCCGUCUGUGAGUGUGAGCAGUAUAAUGGCAGAAUCCAGUGUUUCUGUGGCUCAGAGGGGAAUCUGCCUAGUACACUGGAAACUCCUGGAGAUCUUCUGCCGCACUGAUCAGUGCUGUAUAUGCUAUAUGUGUAUGCUGGAUCAACACAAACACCAUGACACUGUUUUACCUGAAGUAGAGAGAGCUGAAAAACAGAGUCAGUUGAGGGAAACCCAGAGAAGUUUCCAGCAGACACUCCUGAAGAGAAAGAUGGAGCUGGAGGAGCUGAGAGAGGCUGUGGAGUCUCACAAGCGCUCUGCACAGGCCGCAGUGGACCACACCGAGAGGAUCUUCACUCAGCUCAUCUGCUGGAUUGAGAGAAGCCGCUCGGAGCUCACGCAGAUGAUCAGAGAUGGAGAAAAGACUGCAGUGAGUGGAGCUGAAGAACGACUGGAGCGACUGGAGCAGGAGAUCAAUGAUCUGAGGAGGAGAAACGCUGAGCUGGAGCAGCUUUCACACACAGAAGAUCACAUCCAUUUCCUCCAGAGUUUGCAGUCUCUCUCUGUCCCUCCUGGAUCUACAGACUCAUCCAGCUUUAUUAGCAGCUCUCCACUUGUUUUUGAUGAAAUCGCUGAAUCUGUGUCUCGCCUGAGAGAUGAUCUGGUGCAUUUCGGCAGAGAGGAGAUAAAAUUGAUAUCUAGCAGAUUGAGCAGCAUUAGCAUCAUUCCCACUCCUGAACCACAGACCCGUGAGCAGUUCCUCCAGUAUUAUCAACGGCUCACUUUGGAUCCAAACACAGCGAAUAACCUGCUGUUCUUGUCUGAAAGAAACAGGGUGGCUGAAAUGAAUGGCUUUGCCCAGUCCUAUCCUGAUCAUCCAGACAGAUUUGAUUAUUGGCAUCAGGUGUUGUGUAGAGAGAGAGUGUGUGGACGCUCUUACUGGGAGCUGGAGUGGAGUGGUAAUGGUGGAUUUAUAUCAGUGUCAUAUAAGAGCAUCAAGAGAAAGGGAAACAGUAAUGAGUGUCUGUUUGGAAACAAUGAUCAGUCCUGGAGUUUGUUCUGCUCUCCUUAUAGUUUAUCAUUCAGGCAUAAUAAUAUAAAGACUGAUCUCCCUAAACCCUCCGUCAGCUCCUCUAGAAUAGGAGUGUAUGUGGAUCACAGUGCAGGAACUCUGUCCUUCUACAGCGUCUCUGACACAACAAUGAGUCUCAUACACACACUCCACACCACAUUCACACACACACUCUAUCCUGGAUUAGGACAUAAUAACCCUUCAAAAAUGAAGAUCUGUGAUCUGACAGUGUAGAUGAAAUGUACAUGAAAUAGUAUUGGGGUUUUCACAUUUGAUACAUUUACUUUAAACAUGAAUAAUUCAUUAACAUUAAUUUUACCCAUUAGCAUUUACUGCGUUAAGGCUAACUUCAAAAGAUAUUUGUCAAACACUUUUUGUUUUAGGUAGGGCUGGGCAGUAUUUCUAACCAAACACUAUUGUCAAUAACGAUAAUAAAAUAGUUUGGUAGGAACUUUUUGUAUGAAGCGCUAUAGUUUUAUAAAAGUGUAGCUGCUGAGCGCGCGCCAAUGCAGUGCCAAUAAGCUUAGGGUGUCAGUUGGUCAUUUCCGAUGGAGGUGCGUGACUUGCACGAUGUGCACAAGAAGUGAUGUGCACAUGGUGUGCAAGCUGCGCGCAUGUGACACACGCAUUUUCCUGCCACACCUAGUUAAAAACAUCUGGGGCCUCAUGUACGAAGACUUGCGUG